AUGAAGGACCAGCAGCUUCCAGCCAUCAAAAUGCGCCUAUGGCCAAAGCAGAAAGUGGGCAAAAAAUCCAAAGAUGAGGCUCCAAAGGUGGAAAAGACAGCCAAGGCCCCUUCUGCUGCUGCCAUAUGUGCCAUCCCACCGCUGUCCGAAGCAGAGAGAACUAAGCAGUCACCGUUUGAGAGGAUUGUCUAUGACAUGGCGCACAACGAGAAGGUCGUCAACGACCUGAUGCUCGGUCGAAGAGUUGGUUUCUACGAGCUGCGUGGAGAUAUCGGGCAGGGAAAUUUCUCUACAGUCAGGUUGGGCAUCCACGCCUUGACGAAAGAGCGAGUAGCUAUCAAAGUCAUGGACAAGCUGCGUCUGCAUAAGAAGAACCAGCCGCUGACUUCCUCAGAGAUCAGCUGCAUGGAGAAGCUGUGCCAUCCCAACAUAGUGCGGCUUUACGAGGUCUUCGAGACCAGCAGGAAGCUGUAUCUGGUGAUGGAGUAUGGCAGUGGUGGAGACCUGUUCACCCGAAUCACCACCAGGGGGAAGUUGAACGACCUGGAAACCAAGCAGAUCUUUGCACAAGUCAUGUCUGCUGUUAAACACAUGCAUGAAAACAACAUCGUCCACAGAGACCUUAAGGCGGAAAACAUCUUCUACACCACCAGCUACUGCAUCAAGGUCGGAGAUUUCGGCUUCAGUACAGAGAGCGGCCCUAAUGAGCUCCUCACCAAUUUCUGUGGCUCUCCCCCAUACGCUGCUCCUGAAUUGUUUAAGGAUAAAGGUUACAUUGGACGCCAUUCAGAUACCUGGGCUUUAGGUAUUCUCUUGUACUUCAUGGUGACGGCCACUAUGCCCUUUUUUGGGGACAACCUGGGGAGGCUCAAGCGCUGCAUCCUUCAGGGGGCCUACAGUAUCCCUGAUUAUGUGCCAAAUCCAUGCCAGCUUGUCAUUAAGGGCAUGCUGCGGCCUGUCCCUGUUGAUCGCUCUUCUCUCACACAGAUUGCAAACAGUGCUUGGCUGAAGGGGAUUGAGUACCCUCGUCCGCACGUCUUGCUGCCCCUGACCCCGGCCCACUUUGCCCAGGCCAACCAGGAUCUGUGUGUGGAGGAGCAGGAGGUGAAGGAUUUGCUGUCAGAUCUGGGUAUUGUGACAUUCCACUUCCAAAACAAUCCCUGCUUAGACUGCAGGAGCCCACUGACAGGCACCUACCGGAUCCUUCUCCAUCAGGUCCAGAAGAAGAGGUCAGUGGAGGCCGUAGGUUACACAGCAUUUCAACCUGAGGAUUUUGGGAGUAAGAAGAAGUGGUCUGUAGCAUCUGUGGACAAACACACUCCUUCGGCUGUGUGUGUUGUACUGUAA